GUAAGUUUGAACGUUUGAAUUUGGAAUAAGUUAGCAUAGCAAAAUACUUUCGAAUAAAACUUUAUUCGAUUGAUUAGAUAAAGUGUUUUCUACAAUAUGGUGCUAAAUUGGGCCAUAUGUAUUGCAGUUGCAGCAGCAAUACAUCGAGUUCAAUUGGUUGUAGUGUCAGAGGAUAUACGUUUUCUGAAGGAAUCACAGAUUGAACAAUAUGAUAAUAAUACUGGCGAAGAAGAUAAUGAUUUGGCCAAACAGAGCUCAUUCCAUCUUAGUUUUCAAACACAACCCACAGAAGAUGGUCCCAUGAUUGUCCCAUGGAUAAACCAUGUGGGAAUUCCCCACAAUUCCCCCCCUACUUUACCAAUUUGCUACAAUCAAUCACCUAACCAAAAGGCUGGAGUAGUAAGGCUAGCUCAUGUUAUAUGCCGACAACUAGGGUUCAUGACAGUGACCAAAUGGUUUGGCAUUAGCAAAGAAGCAGUAGGUCUGCAUUUAAACUCUACCGGUCUUAGUGCUUAUUGUCGAGGAGACGAACAGUUCGUGGACCAUUGUCAAUGGCAGCGCCCUAUUGUGCCUUCAUGUAGUCAUAUUCUGGCGAUCGAAUGCGGUGAUUGUUCACGCUCGUACUUGAUGACAGAGGAAACUCGAAUAACGUUAGCCUCUCCUGGCUUCCCUGUUUAUAUUCCACUUGUAGUGUGUGAGUGGAACAUCACGUCGAUACCGGAAAAUAAUUUGCUCAUCAGGUUUCAACAGUUCGAGUUGCCUAGCCCUGUCUAUGACGAGUCAGUAAAUGAUGUCUCCUGUCGAUCGGGAUCGCUUGACGUCAUGUCAUACCACGAAGAUAUCAACAAAAUGGCUUUGGAUGGGCGUUUCUGUGGCCGCUACAGCCCAGGAAAUCUAACAAUAUUUUCAAAUCGUAUUCUGAUUCGAUUUACUGCGAAUUCAUUUAAGAUGGAAGCCAUCACUAAAAAAGGCUUUUUAGCUGAAUGUUCCCUUGUAUCUGCAGUCCAGUUGUCAAAUCAUAUUGCUGUUGUUCGCUGGGUACUGAUUGGCUGCGCAAUACUGUUUUCCGUUAUAACCGCAUUAUUCCUUUGGGUUUGGAAAGGAAACUUACGCAAGUUCUGUCUGCAUUUUUGUUUAAGCUACUGGGGAAACAACUCUCCAACAAAUGAAGACCACCCGAGUUUAGCAAGAUCCCCUAGACCAACAGCUAUUUUAUCGUCAUCUGUGACGCCAUUUAGUCGCAUUCCGGGGUUAGAAGAACAGCAAAUAGAGUCCAUAUAUCGUCGCUCAAGGAAUGGGGUGAAAGUUCCUGUCCAGGUUUGCGAUUCUCGUCACUUGGAACAAACUCGUCGACUGGAGAAAUGGCAUUCGUCAAAUCACCCUCGUUCGUCAUCUGUUGAUUUUAUAUCCAUGCAAAGUAUUAAUCCUCUAACAAAGAAGGACAUUUCGGUCGCUGCCAAUGCGAAAGAAAAGGAUGAAAGUCACGUCUACGAGGAAAUUGACAUUGGUUUACAAAAUGGCUGUUCUGAAAUAUCGUGUAUUCAUGCGAAAACAAGCACCACAUCACCUCCAAGAAUAAUUAUGCCGUUCGUUAGCCGAAGCCAUUAUGAACCACCUCGUAUAAUGCCAUAUCAACAAAAGUCACCUCCUGAGCCGUCCUCCACAUCAGUUCUGGUUUCGGGAUCUCAGUUGCCCUCCCGUGUUCAUCAGCCUCUGCGAGACCCAUCACAUGGACGGGCAUGUCCUUGUUUCAGUUGCAGAAACAGCGGAUCCAUUUUUUCAACGCCCUCCUACUUUCCGCAAUCUAGCGAAUCUGGUGAUGACAGUGCUUCCCUUAGUGGCAUCUAUAUAAGCCCCGAGCCCGAUUCUGAAGAGUAGUAAAUUUAGGGGAACGUUUGAUGUCAAUUAUUUAUUUUCUGUUAACAUUGGUUGCCGAGUAAAUUUGUUUACGGAGGAAA